ACCACCUGUACGGGCCGGCUGAACGCUGAUGACGAGUCGUGCGUGAUUUCUGUCAAUUGUGUGAGUGACGUAUAUCGCACCUAUGUGAGUGAAAUGCAAAUGUGAAUCUCUAGUAGAGUUUCAACGGAGAGCAAGUCUAACAAAAGGAUUACAGUGUUUAUAGGAAAGCACGUGGGAACAGUGCUCAAUAGCCGAUAAAAUAAGAAGUACUUACAAUGUCGACGACAGCAACUCGACAUGUCAAGACGUCAAAUUCAGCAAAUAUUCUCAUGUGCAAACAAUGGUGGAAAGUGUGUUGGCUAUAUGGUGAUCAGGAGAAGUACUACAGGCAAUUAUAUGGAAGACGGAAAAUUAAUACCAUUAAUAAAGGAAUAUAUGAAGAUACAGAUAUAAAGAGACCUGGUGCACAGAUAACAGAACUUACUGAUGAUUUUUUUGAUGAUAAUAUCCCUACCCAAAUAGAUCCAGCGCCUGAUGAGAAAAAGGAAUGGUUUGGUGCUGAAUCUGAGCCUAUAUACAGCUUUGAUCGAAACUGGCAGAAUGACCAAAGAAGAAAACCAAUCAACCUCGAUAGUCUUAGUGAAAUACUUAAUAAUGAUAAUAGCAUUCAAAAUAUUCUCAAUCUGCCAUCAGAACCUAGCAACCAACUCAUAGAAAAUAAUGAAUACAUCCAUAGAAGCGGAGACACAUUUGGUAAAACUACCAAAACAGUGUGCAAAACCAAAAAGGGGGCAGUCGUUACCGAAGAAACUGAAAUAUCCAGUAAUGGGAAGUCGACAGCAAAUCUAAAGUUUCAGAGGUCCACAGUAAAGAGUGUUCCAAAUAAAAUCAAAGAAGUCCUAGAACCCUUACGAGAGGAUGCGGUAUUGGAUGAGUGCUCCAGAAAGAAGUGUAUUGGAGAUACUCUGACAACGACCACCACGACACUGGUGACUGUUACCCAACACAUGCUGACCUGUUGCAACGAGCCUGUCUGCCGUAACUGCGUGGUAUCGCCUACCGGUUCGUCACCUCCGCCGCUGCACGAGCAACAAACAUCACCACCGCCGCCCGCGCCGCAUUCCCCGCCGCCCUACCUACCGUCCCCCCAGCCUCCACUGCCGUCCCCCCAGCCCAGUCAGAGCUCAGUUCCGAGCUCAUCGAACUCACCCCAUCCCUACUCCUACUUGAACCUCAGGAGGAGCCAGGACAAUGGUGUGACCCCCCAGAGUUACCAAUCCCCGCAGUCGCCACAGUCAGCGAUGUCCCUCUCCCCUCACCCCGUGCAGGGCAAGUUCCGAGGGUUGCUGGAGCACGCCGAACGGCUCAUGAAGCCGGGAGACCCACACCGACACUCCCAGAGUGAUGAUGACUCUGGAUGCGCCCUAGAAGAGUACACUUGGGUGCCGCCGGGCCUCAGACCUGAACAGGUGCACCUGUACUUCUCAGCUCUGCCAGAAGACAAGGUCCCGUACGUGAACAGCGUGGGUGAGCGGUACCGACUUAAACAACUGCUGCAACAGCUGCCGCCACAGGACAACGAGGUGCGGUACUGCCACGCGCUGUCUGACGAGGAGCGCAAGGAGCUGCGGCUAUUUAGCGCACAGAGGAAAAGGGAAGCCCUGGGGCGAGGGCAGGCGAGGCAGCUGCACGCGCCGGCGUCCUGCGAACGGUGCGAGGAGGCGAUGUCUCCCGGUGACAUGAGCGUGUGUGCGGCCCGCGCUGGUCCUCACGCCCGCUGGCACCCCGCCUGCUUCGCCUGCAGCGCCUGCCAGGAGCCGCUGGUGGACCUGGUGUACUUCUGGAAGGACGCGCGCCUCUACUGCGGCCGCCACCACGCCGAGACCAUGAAGCCGCGAUGCUCCGCCUGUGACGAGAUAAUACUCGCUGACGAGUGCACGGAGGCGGAAGGGAGGGCGUGGCACAUGAAGCACUUCGCGUGCGCAGAGUGCUCCCGCCAGCUGGGGGGGCAGAGGUACAUCAUGAGGGAGGCGAGGCCGUACUGUCUGCCGUGCUUCGACACCUGCUUCGCCGAGUACUGCGACGCGUGCGGGGACCCCAUCGGCGUGGACCAGGGCCAGAUGUCGCACGAAGGCCAGCACUGGCACGCCACGGAGCGCUGCUUCGCCUGCCACACCUGCCGCGCCACCCUCCUGGGCCGCCCAUUCUUGCCACGGAAGGGUGCGAUAUUCUGUUCCAUAGCGUGCUCCAAAGGUGAGCCCCCGACACCAUCGGACUCUUCAGGGCCAGGUCCCAGGCCUGCCAGAGGACCUCGUCCCAGAAGAACACAAUCCCCGAAGUCUCCACCAAGAACACCACAGAGAGAAACCUCUCCUUCUGUAGAUCAAAAUUCAGAGCUAAGCGCGUCCCUGGUUCCCGAGUCUCCCCCACCGGACCCCCCACCACACCCGCCGCCAUCGCACGCCUGCCGUAGCCUGGACCGAGCGUUGACCGACCUCCGGCUGGAACAGUCGGUGACAGACCAUCAAAUACAAACGACGCCCAUAUCGGACGAACUUGACGAACCAUCCGAGGAGCAUUGGAAGCCUCCGCAUCCAGUUGACGCUCAGGCCGUCGUCACCCCUGCGCUUUCCACCUCGAUGCCAGAAUUAACAUUAGUAGACGGUAAGCCCAGGAAACCCAAGGGUGGUAGAACUGUUAGGUUUUGUGGGGACGAUAACGAAGCUUUUGAACCGGAUGAGCCUGCAAGAAAGCAGAAGGUAAGAGACGACGACGCGAGCAGCUACUGCAGCACCUGCUCGUCAUCGUCCUCGUCGUCGGAGUCGUACACCCUGCCGACGAGGAGGGCGUACGGCGGCGUCAGGAUCUCCUACGUCCCCAACGACGCCGUGGCGUGUGCCAAGCGGGACCGACAGAGAAGAAACCCGCCGCCCGACAAAAACUGCAUCAUAUCGUGAUCCCGGCUGCCGCGACCGGGCGCCUCCUGGUGACGACCUCCUCCGAUGUAAAGACUGACAUUAGAAAGUAGACCCGACGCCAUAGUAUUAUAAGUAACAUUCACCCUGUCUUCCUGUAACUGUCACUGUAUUUCUAUUUUAUCAUUUUCAUGCGAAUCAAAUUAUUCUAAAGAGAUUGUCGAACAAGCUGUACUGGUUUUGUUAUUUUUAAUAAUAAUUAGUGGGCGGUACCACUUUUAAAUUUAUUUUUGUGCGCUUUAUUUGUGUCUCCCAGAGUUGAGCAGCUGCACCGUCUGUGGUGCAUCAUCACCCCGCGACGGUAGCUCAUGAGGCUCGCUUCAGCCGCGCCUUGCAUAAUGACUCGUGUUACAAUCGUUGUUUCACUUUUAUCGGGUGCACCCGCACCUAUAAAGCUGUAGAUAGAACCGCGCAACCAAGAUAUACUAAGAAGAACAGAUUGAUUUAUCUUAUAAAGAAAUUAUCAAUAAGUACCUAUGUUGGUCAAGUCAUAAUUUACCAUAAUUGACACAUUUUCAUUUAGUUUUUGAAUACAUAAAUGAUACAUUCAAGACUACAAUCUUCAAUGUUUUAUGUUAGUUUCAUAAAGAAAUUAACUUUGCGGUUGCCCUUUUUAAAGUUUCAUUAUUAUUACAAGUACAAAUAGUGACUACGAACUGUUGUUUGAUUUCCCGAUAUUCAUUAGGUUCAAUUUCAAAACUUACCUUUUAUUUAUGUAAUUAAAUUGAACACCCGUCUGCCAACAGCCGCUACAAAUGAAAAUAUUACCACUCCUCUGUCCAACCAAAAACUCGGUUCGUACCGGCGUGGGCGACGCUCAGUCUAAAACCCCUUCAACAAGCGUGUAUCUACUAUAACAUUUUUGUAGCAACCUUUAUUAAGAUUUUAGAUCGACAGCGGUUGUCGAAAUCAAAGCUUUAAAAUCAUAUAACUCAAUGCUAAUUCGUAUUUCAUUCAUAUCAUGCGUUUAUAAAACAUUAAUUUGUAAACAUAUCUUUGCCACUUACUUGUAAGAAUAUAGCGUGUAAGACUUUGAUGAAAUAUAAAAUUGUAUAUGAAACAGUACAAAUGUAAUAUUUUGUAACAUUUUUAACGCAAGUGUGUUCAUAAACAGAUAUAUUAUGUAUGUAAAUAGUUAGUUGGUAAUGUCUUAGGAUAGUAAACUGUUGAGUAUUGUGUGUAUGUUUGUGUGUAAGCUAUUUAUUAUAUACGAGAAUCUUGGAUCACAAUUUGUGACACCAAGAACCGAUAAUACUCAUAAACUGAUUGAUGUGCUCGGACACUCGUGAACGAUGGACAAUAUUCAAUGUAUUCAUUAGUAAUUAAGUCUCUAGCCGUUCACGUUAACACAAUGAGAUAAGAUGGCCGACCCGCGACCGUUCUACACAUUGAGGUAAAUCCACUAGAUUCUUGUGGCUGUGGAGCAUUCAAAAUUAUUGUUAACUCAUACUUAAUUAUGAAAUAGUAGCUAGAGUAUUUAAGGCUGGGGAAUCGAGCGGAGCUAGGUUACCUCUCUCGCACAAAAUCCACAUCGUUUUAAUUCAGAAUUAGAAGCAUUUUUAAUUUAUAACAAACAUAAUACAAUUUUCUCACACAUAAAUAUAUCAUGUUAAAUAAUAUUGGUGUACAAAUAAUAAAUUUUCGUACAAUUUUUAUCUAGAUUCAAUGAUUCAUGGCUCCAACUGUAAAUGUUUGGGGUAUUUUGGUGAUAUUUUUUCGCACUGUCUAUAAAAAUAGAAAUGUAAAGAGAAAAAGGAUUUUUAUUCUCAUAUUCUGUAGAUAUAUAAUUAUUUUACCGUAAUUAUAAACCGUCAAGAAAUGGUUUCAAUUAUGCGCUAUUUUGGCGAUUUCUUGGGAUAGCCGCUUAAGGCCAUUCAAAAUACGAGAAGCUGAUCCACUAACAGGCAUUGCGCCUACAACAAAUGGAUGCAAUACAUUUUGUUUUGUCGAUACAAUAUUACUCUAACAUGUAAGAAAAACUUAUAGCUAUCCUAGCGAUCAAAAUAGAAAUAAAAUGAACCUAGAACAUCAUACCUCCUGAGGUGCCCCGUGCAAUGCCAGCUGAGUAGUCCGAGCGGGGUUGAGUACGAUACUCCAUAUGUGGUAAACUUUGACAAUACUACACAAUAAAAAUACAUCUAAGUAAUAAGAAAGACAAAUAAAAUUUAAUACAACAAUCUUGCCUGUUUCCGAGGUAAGUGAUCAUCUCCGCUUGUCACACCCACAUGAAACCCAAAGUCAGUAGUUCAGUUCGCGCCCGGCCGUCUGUGAUCGUGUUGUAUUAGCGAGAGCCUGUGGGAGCAUGGCUUUUGUCCAGCCUCGGCCAAAGUGCAGCCUAGUUAAGUUAUAGUUAAUAUUAUUGUACAAAACACUAUAGAAUUACUAAUGUUUGUAUGUUUCUAAGUUAUUUGUAUUGAAUAAAGGAGGUUUUAUA